CGGCCUGGGGUCUUACGAGCGCGGCGGAGGGGAAUGUUGGCAACGCUGUGGAACGCCAACUAGGCGUGACGGCGUGUGCGGGGCGAGAAUGCUUUUUUGGGACGAGGGCCCGUGGUGCCAAUGAGGUCCCCACAGGAGUACGGUCCGGUACCCCGAAACGCUUGCGAACCGAUGGUCGGGCUGAGACCCGUGCGUGACCCCCGCGAGGGCUGGAGCAACCGACCGUGAACCGGAAGGGGCUGGGCUGGGGCGGCCGUGGGCGCCAGCGCCGGAGCGGCAGUGACUUGCCGCUGCUUCCCUCGGGACUCUCAGGACCAUCGCCACUUGAAGCCAAGGGGAAGAGGGAGGGUGUCCUCUUUGGGGCCCAGGCUUUGCAUAGAGUGACUCGGGAGUGGUGGCGGUUUGGGAAAGGUCACCACCCUUUGAUCCAGUCCUGGGGCAGGCACCUAACCUGGUCAGUGCCCUCCCCCGCCAGUUUGCAUGUUAGAAAACUGAGCCCCUAGUUGGUUAAACUAUCAAGGCCAAAAUUAUCCUGCCAGUGGUGAAAGAAGUUGGGAUUUGGAUGCAAGUCUGGUUUCAAAGACUGAUCUUUUCCUCUUCACAGUGGAACUCGAGAGAGAAAACAUUUGGGACCAGGAGCGUAGUCUGCCCUUUUCCUCUUAAGCAAUACUCCCAAGAUCUUACCAGCUCAGACUUUCAUUCCUGCCUUCAUUUCUUCACCAACUGUAGAGCACCUAUGACGUGAGCGCUGGGGCAGCAGGGGUCAUGGAGCUUCCAUUCCAGCAAAUGGGGGGAGCAUUCUCAGUGCAGAGACAGACUGGAAAGAACAUGCGGUAUAAAGCAUGGCUGGGGAAUUAAGCCCACUUCAGUGGCUAGACAGGAGGGAGGGGACAGUUGAGUUAUCACUUGAUGAUAGGAUGUAGCCCUGAGAGGACAGGACAGAGAGUUUCAGGCAGAGGAAGACCUUGGAGUCACUUGAGUCAGUUUCACCCAUCUGGGCCAGUCCUUCAGGGGAGGCGACGCUGUGGAGGUAGUUGGUCCUCCAGGCUGAGGUCUGGUUCCAUACUGUGAACCCAUCUCAGCUCCAGCCAGGGAGUACCUGGCCUGGCCUUUGGGGACUUCGGAGCUCCUCCCCUCACCUGUCUUCAGUGAAAUGGAAAUCAGGUGCAGGCAGCCCAACUUCUCAUCUGACUUCUCUCUAAAUAAGCGGAGAGCCUUUUCGACACAGUCGAUGCGCACACGUGUCAUGGUGACAGAUACAUCUUGUGGGUUCAUAACUGCCUUACUGCGGAAACCAGCAGGAGAUGGACCAGGUUUUUUGCUGUUUGUGGCUACUUGAGCUUGUGUUUUGAGCCAGGUCGGGUCGCUGCUCAGGUGUUACCUUCUCCAGGAGGCCUCCCUGACCACUUCUUGACAAUGGUCUAAAUCCUUCUUUGCCUGCUCUGUGAUGAUGGAAGUGGGCUGUGGAAAUAUUUCACCUGCGACAUUUGGUAUGAUGUAAUGCCAGUAGAGGAGGAUGGAAGGACAGUGAAAAAGGAAGGAAUUUCCUCUUCCUGUUUCCCGAGUCCUGCAGGGUGCAGGGUCUCUUGCACUGGGCUCCUACAGGGUGCAGCUUCCCCAGCUCCCAGUUCUGGUAGCUCAGGGCAACCAGCAGAGCCCAGCUGCUAGAAGCUUCCCUCAGAACUUUCUCAAAGUGAUGUGCCACUGGCAAGGCACCUGACUAUGAACGACUUCUUUGAGCAUCCCUCAGCUGACUUUGCAGCAACUUCCAAGGUCAUUUAAACAAAUUUUUAAAAAUUCCCUUUAACAAUAAAGAGGAAACCAAGGAUGCAGAUUAUGGCAAGAACAUAGUCAAGUUUUGCAUUUUCCAGAACCCCUCGUGGCUGGAGUCACACAGUAAGUAGCCUUUCCAGGCUGGCUUCUUUCACUUAACAAUAUUCUUUUAAGCUUCCUCCAUGUCUUUUCGUAGAUUAAUAGCUCAUUUCUUUUUAUCGCUGAAUAAUACUCCAUUGUAUGAACGUACCACUGUUUAUCCAUUCACCUCUGGAAGGACAUCUUGGUUGCCUCCAGUCUUUUGGCAGUUAUAAACAGGCUGCUGUAAAUAUUCAUGUGCGGGUUUAUUGUACUGUUUUCUAGCUUGCUUUUCUAAGUUAUGUUCUGAAUGGCUUUUGGUGUUAUAAAUAUAGAUGUCUGUCAGCAUUUUAAUGGCUACAUACAAUCCUAGCACAGUUUAUUUAACCAGCUCCUUUGUUAAACAUCUAGAUUGUUGCCUCUAGUCUCAUAAAUCUGUUCUAACUAGUUGGUCUACACCAUAUCUUGUGGUUAAGGCUUGGCUGACUGAGUCCUGUGUUCAAAUCCUAGAUACCCCACUUACUGAGUGAACCUGGGCCAAGUUUUUAAUUCCCUAGGACUUGGUGAAAUCGAAAUAGAAGUUGUACUUAUGGUGAGGAUUAAAUGAGCUGAUACAUGCAAAGUAUUUAGAAUAGUUUAGAACCCAGUACAUAUAAACUCAUAAUAAAAUUCAGCUCUUAUAAUUUAUUAUCUGUUGCGCACCUACCAUGUGUCCUGAGCUAGCGAUUGUGGAAGUUUUCAAAGACUAAAUCAUAUGUGUGAUCUUACCUUCAAGGAACUUUGAAUCAGCUCCUGAUGCGGGAUAAUGCAAAGCAGAGCAAUACUGAUUCCUUAUGUUGUUUUCUCUGUGCCAGUUCCAAUACAAAAGACGAAGCAAGAUAUGUCCUAAGAAAGUGGAGAUGAAGUGUGAGAAUUCAAGGGACCCAGUGAUGGCUUCCACCUGGGCAUACCAGCAAAUGGUUAUGAGCCUUAGAGUUUCUGAACUCCAAGUACUGUUGGGCUACGCUGGGAGAAACAAGCACGGACGCAAACACGAACUUCUCACAAAAGCCCUGCAUUUGCUAAAGGCUGGCUGCAGUCCUGCUGUACAAAUGAAAAUUAAAGAACUCUAUAGGCGGAGGUUCCCCCAGAAAAUCAUGACGCCUGCGGACUUGUCCAUCUCCAGCGUACAUUCAAGUCCUAUGCCAGCAACUUUGUCUCCAUCUACCAUUCCACAACUCACUUAUGAUGGUCACCCUGCAUCAUCACCGUUACUCCCUGUUUCUCUUCUGGGACCUAAACAUGAACUGGAACUCCCACAUCUUACAUCAGCUCUUCACCCAGUCCAUCCGGAUAUAAAACUUCAAAAAUUACCAUUUUAUGAUUUACUGGAUGAACUGAUAAAACCCACCAGUCUAGCAUCAGACAACAGCCAGCGCUUUCGAGAAACCUGUUUUGCAUUUGCAUUGACACCACAACAAGUGCAGCAAAUCAGUAGUUCCAUGGAUAUUUCUGGGACCAAAUGUGACUUCACAGUGCAGGUCCAGUUAAGGUUUUGUUUAUCAGAAACCAGUUGUCCACAAGAAGAUCACUUCCCACCCAAUCUUUGCGUGAAAGUGAAUACAAAACCUUGCAGCCUUCCAGGUUAUCUUCCACCUACUAAAAAUGGUGUGGAACCAAAGCGACCCAGCCGACCAAUUAAUAUCACCUCACUUGUCCGAUUGUCCACAACUGUACCAAACACCAUUGUUGUUUCAUGGACUGCAGAAAUUGGAAGAAACUAUUCCAUGGCAGUAUAUCUUGUAAAACAGUUGUCCUCAACAGUUCUUCUUCAGAGGUUACGAGCAAAGGGAAUAAGGAAUCCGGAUCAUUCUAGAGCUUUAAUUAAAGAGAAAUUGACUGCGGAUCCAGACAGUGAAAUAGCUACAACCAGCCUGAGGGUUUCUCUACUAUGUCCACUUGGUAAAAUGCGGUUGACAAUUCCAUGUCGGGCCCUUACAUGUUCUCAUCUGCAGUGUUUUGAUGCAACUCUUUAUAUUCAGAUGAAUGAGAAAAAACCAACUUGGGUUUGCCCUGUCUGUGAUAAGAAGGCUCCGUAUGAACACCUUAUUAUUGAUGGCUUGUUUAUGGAAAUCCUGAAGUACUGUACAGAUUGUGAUGAAAUACAGUUUAAGGAGGAUGGCUCUUGGGCACCUAUGAGAUCAAAAAAGGAAGUACAGGAAGUUUCUGCCUCUUACAAUGGGGUUGACGGAUGCUUGAGCUCCACAUUAGAGCACCAAGUGGCUUCUCAUCACCAGUCCUCAAAUAAAAGUAAGAAAGUAGAGGUGAUUGACCUAACCAUAGACAGUUCAUCUGAUGAAGAGGAGGAAGAGCCAUCUGCCAAGAGAACCUGCCCUUCUCUCUCUCCCACAUCACCACUAAGUAAUAAAGGCAUAUUAAGUCUUCCACAUCAAGCAUCUCCAGUGUCCCGCACCCCAAGCCUCCCUGCUGUAGACACAAGCUAUAUUAACACAUCCCUCAUCCAAGACUACAGACAUCCUUUCCACAUGACACCCAUGCCUUAUGACUUGCAAGGAUUAGAUUUCUUUCCUUUCUUAUCAGGAGACAAUCAGCAUUAUAACACCUCCCUGCUUGCCGCUGCAGCAGCAGCGGUUUCAGAUGAUCAAGACCUCUUACACUCGUCUCGGUUUUUUCCAUAUACCUCCUCACAGAUGUUUCUUGAUCAGUUAAGUGCAGGAGGCAGUACUUCUCUGCCAGCCACCAAUGGAAGCAGCAGUGGCAGUAACAGCAGCCUCGUAUCCUCCAACAGCCUAAGGGAGAGCCAUAGCCACACUGUCGCAAAUAGGAGCAGCACGGACACAGCAUCCAUCUUCGGCAUCAUACCAGACAUUAUUUCAUUGGACUGAUUCCCUUGCCCCUGCUGCUCCCAUCCCUACCCCAGAUUAAAUGAACUUGGUAGAAAGAAGAGAACUUUGUGCUAUGUUUUACCUUAUUCUGUUUAGAAAAGUACACAAGCGUGUUUUUUUCCUUUUUUUUAGGGAAAAAAUUAAAAGAAAUGUACAGAGAACAAAACUAUAUUUUCAGUUUUACUUUUGUAUAUAAAUCUAAGACUGCCUGUCUGAAAAAACACUUGUAAAAAACAAAAAAAAGGAAAGAAAAGAAAAAAAAAAGAAAAAAAACAAGUACCCACAAACCACCUUCAGUUCAUUCUUUCUGGAUUCUGAAGAUUUUUUUUUCAUCAUUUGUCCUAUUUGGUUUUAUUUUACUUCAAUGGCAUUAUUUUAUUUGCAAUAACAGAAAAGGAAUUGCAUGUAUGAAGUUUUAAAUUGUGGGCUUUUCUUUGUUGUGGGGAGGGGCUGGGGGGGAUAGUUUUAAUUUCCAUUUUCUAAAAAUGACAGACUUGGAUUCUGUUUGUGUGUGUGCAUAUUUUAUCCAGCCUUAAGUUAUAAAUCUCAUCUGUUCCUCUGCAUUCCCUAUGUAUUUUCAGGACAUAGCUUGUGGGUGUGUAUGUGUCUGUGUAUAUUUUUGUGUCGUUACUGUUCCUUCUCCCGAGUUUGCAUUCAGUUGAUAAAUCAGUUGCCUGCUUCUUUAAAAGUGCUUUGAAGGUCUUGAACUCUCAUAUGAGCAUCUUUAUCAACUGUCCCAAUUGCAUGUUCUCCAUCACAUAUUGUCUCUUAUUUGCUAGAUACCCCCUGAGAAUAUGUUUCAGAGAUUGGAGUAGAGCUAUCUGGGUAAGGAGUAGGCUUAGCUGACCUGUGAAUAAUACACUUUAGUCUAGUUCUUUAUUUUAAAUUUGGAUUGCCAGUAUUAUGUAUUUAAACCAAGUCUGUGAACACCUGCUUUUUUGGCCACAGGGUAACAAGUUUUCAUGUGAGAUCUUCAUACCAAAGUAGGAAGUAAAAAUAGCUUAGAAAGCCCUGUUGGAUGUCCUGUGCAGCUGACAGAGGUAAGGCUACAUCACCUCAAAAAAGACAGUCAAUUAUCCUUAAAAGUAAAUUCUCUUCGGAAAAUACAGUGCACCAUAUGUCAGUCUGUAGAAAUCUAUCAUCUGAUAAACAGUUGAAAUUCAAAAUGGGCUUGAUCCUUAGUCAUUUUCACUCUCUGGUUCUGAGUGUACUUAUUUUUUUAGCCUAGUUAUCUUGUUUGUUUUAUAUUUUUCUUCAUCUUUUAAAGACAAGCAUGACAUAGGAAAGUCAAAUCUUUUUAAGAAUUCAUGGAUCAGUCUGAUCUACUCUUAUUAAUAAUGGAAAUGUAAAUAUAUUGAAAACUGUUUUUCAGGAAAUGAGUGAGGGUUGGAGGGAAGGAAAAAGUGGUUCUACUUGUAUUCCAAAAUCCUCGUCAGAGAAGGUCAGUUUUUCAGGUAAUAUCUGAAGGUGUUGAAAAUAUUGUUUAUCUGAUUGAAAGGUUUAGCAGAAAAGAUAAAGAAGGGGCAUAACGAUUACCAAUUUUCCAGACUGGAUUUUUAUAUCACAACUGUUAAUGUUCUCAGAGUUGUUCUCAGAGUUGAUGAAGGACCACCUUUGUGUAUAAAAUUGUCAUUUUAAACCUUGCAGUGGUAACAAAUUGACCUACUUUAAUCCAGUUAAGAGUUCAAGAUGGCUGUAUCUUCAGUUGUCUGAUGAAAUUAAUGGUUCACAUGACUGUGUGGCAUCUAAACAUACCUGUUUUUACAGUAUCUCUCUGCCACCAAAUUGUUGACUUGAAUUUUGAAAAACAGGUUGGUAUUGAUAUGUAUAUGUGUGUGUGUAUAUAUGUAUUUAUAGACAAGUGUGUGAGUGACAACUGAGUUAUAUAGUCUUCCCCUACGCAUGUGUAUUCCACACAUACAUGGCUGAGUUAUAGUCACUAAACAAUUUGCAAUAAAAAAAAUUCAUUGUCAGUUAAAACAGGAAAUAGUUAAGUUUUUAAAUGAAUCUGGUGUUAUGUGAGUACACACUUUAGAACUCUCAUUGCCAUGUUAACUUAGGCUAAUAUCUAAUAGUAUUAUAAUUUGUGUCUAAAUUCAGAUGGGAUAGAAAUUACUUAAAUUGUAGGGAGUUGCUUCUUUCAUAUUGUAAUAGGAAACGUUUCUGUUAAUUCAGCUACCUAAGAUAAAAUGAAUAGUUUUGUUUUUCUUUAUUUGUUGUUGUUAGUGGUCUCAGAAUUCUGAUCAAUAACUUUGUGUAUGAUGCUGAAUAACAGACUCUUUGAAUGAUCCAGUUGAAAAACCGUCCCUCUACUUUCUUCAGCCCAGUUUUGGAGAGGGUUAUUUUCUCUCAGGGUCCUGCGUUAUACCAACCGAAGGGAAGAACAGGUAACAGGGAGAAAUAAAUGUCUGUCUAGUGGCUUUGGUCGUGUCUCCGCGGGAGAAACUAACCAUUCAGUUUGUCUUUUUAUUUUAGUUCAUUCCACUCUUACGGAGUUUGUUCCCUUCAGUUGUUAACUUUCUAAAAUGUUGCAGUAGUAGUAACUAUUACUCUGUUGGUCUCAUGGCCGCUAUUAGUCAAUCAGACUUUUUAUGGUCCAUAGUAAUUAUUAGUGGAGUCAUGCACUGCAUCUUUAUCUUCUAAGUUUUUGUUUGUUUUUAAAGCACAGUUAUUUCUUUUUUCCCUAGCCCACUGUCACUCCCCCACCCAUGCUAAUAUUGACAUGCUGUCUGUGGACUAAUGACUCUCAGAAUUUUUAGUCACGUUACCACCAUCCCCUUGCCUUGGUCACUCAUAAUAGGUGCGCAUAUGUUUGUGUGUCUGUAUAGUACUGUGGGUGUGUGUGUGUGUGCAUAUGCACACACACACAUCUUUAGUAUAAUAGCUGUUUGACUAGCAGGGUUGAAGUGGCUUUUAAAUAUUUUGUGGGCAUUAUUGAACACGUUUUUAAAAGUAUCUGGACCUUAACCAUGCCACGCUUGGUUGACUAAUUUAUUUUGAGCAUUAAAAAUUUUCUACUUCUAUUAAUGUAGACAUUAUCACAGUUCUCUAUUAUUACUGACUUAGAAAAGAUACACUUAAGCUUCUGAGAAAUGUGAUUUCUUGGCAGAUUUUCCUUUGAGUCAAAUGUCUGAAACUGAAUGAAAAUACAUCCCAAUUUUAAAUUACUAAUUGUGGAAAAAACAUUGUUUUUAAACAGCUCCAAUUUUAAACACACAAAACACUUCAAGAUCUUUAGGACUUUAAAGCACAUUUGAAAUUAUUUUAGUAAGAGUUUUGUUUUAUCAAUACAUGUUGAAUUCUGUUUUUUAAUUAAAAGAAAAUACAAAGCUUAGAUUUCAGAAAGAGGGAGGGAGAAUAGCUGGUGGUCCCAGAGUGUGCUGCUGUUAAUUGUUUAAUUAACAAAGGGGAAAAAUGUAUAUAAACAGAUAUAAAAGUUACCAUAAAUUCCAUGAACUUAAAUCUGUGAUUCAUUGCCUUAAAACUUUCUCUCUUAGAAUUUCCAUACCGCAUGCCAAACCAGUAAAAUGGCUUUUAAAAAUGUAUAGUAGACCAAUGUCAGUUUGUAUAAAAGUACCAAGUGAAAAUAUUUAUUACAUGCAUUGGAAAAAAAAUUGUUUACCUAUUGAAUGUUACCUGUUUAUGUAGAGCUCUUUAGAUGUAAUAAAAGAAAAGCCUUCAGUUAAUUUGUCUUCUGUAAAAUACACUGCUGCGUAUACAAGGGGACAAUCCCUAUGAGAAAAAGUGACGAUGCUUU